AGCAGCGCUGGUAACAUGCCUGGAGUUCCAUCUAGCCGUGGCUGCGAUGCAUGUCGCAAGGUGAAAAAGAAGUGUGAUCAACUCAAACCGACUUGUUCACGAUGCGCACGUCUAAAAAUGACGUGUGUUGGAGCAGGACAGCAGCGGUACAUGUUCAAGAAUCAAUCGCUAGAAGCGAUGCAAGCACAAGGCGCAGAAAGCCAAUCGGGGCUUCGAUCAUAUUUCUCUAGCAAGAAAGUAGUGUUUGUCGAGGGACCGACGCAGGUACCUAGCACUGAAACAAGUAUACUCGCAGCAGCCUUUGUAGCAGCAUUUCAAGUGACUGAUAUCCGAUAUGGUGUGGCCUACUAUGGACCUUUCCUCCGCGAUAUUCCACGGCGAUUGGGCAAUAGCACCGUCCUAGAUUCCGCCGUGAGAGCCCUAUCAACUGCCUACCCGUUUCUUCACACGGGAUCUUACCCACCAAAUGUACUCGUUCGCUAUGGACAAUCGCUGCGGGCACUAAGAGAAUGCUUGAACAAUCCAGUCGAGGCCCGAACUCCCAACACACUAUGUGCUGUCUAUUUGAUUACCAUCUGCCAGAGCUGGGUAGCACCACGCGAUGAUUCACUCACUAGUCACAGCGAAGCUAUCGCCCAUCUCCUUCGAGCUGCUGCAUUACAUGAGUGGACAAGCGCCUUUGAGAUGGAGAUGGUCAUCACACUGAGUGUACCUAUAAUCCUCGAAGGCAUUGUCAACCCCCAUGUGAAAAUGGAUUCAGAGUUUUGGGAACUGACCUCAUCCUUCAAACGUCGUCUAUCUGCCUCGCAGGACAAAAAUCGACCGCAGUCAACCACCGAGCUGCACCAUCUUGCUGUGUUUCCUAAAUUUGUCCAAAACCCUCAGCCACACCUUGCCGAAAUUGCAAAGACAUACAUGAAAUUGAGACUCGAUGCAUAUCAAAUAAGACAGCAACUAGAUCAGUGUGCUGAGUUUAUUCUUGUGUCUUUCUCAUCCUCUCAAGUUGCAAGACACUCCCGUAUUCAAGCAGCCUAUGUCAUGCUCUCUACGCUGGCCGUGUUGCUGAACAGCCUUCUUCGAGUCUAUGAUCCCUGGAACGCUUCCUUGGUGAGUGAGGCUGUCUUCCUCUGUGAUGAGAUUACUAUCCAAGCCGAACUGGCUUCUCGCUACCGACCAAUUGGGGCAGGGUAUAUUCCUCUAUGCUUGGUUGUUGCUUGGGCGGCAUCGGAUGAUCCAGUCCAGUUGGCAAGAAUUGAGGCGAUCCUUUGUGAAUACCAGUCUGAUUUUGCGGACAUCCCAUGGAUGGGCCGUGCUGUCUGGUUACAAUCUACUCUGGAUAGCCACCGCAUACGAGUAAUGUCUGCGAAAGAGUCUCCAGAAUCCCCUCUAGAGACUGUCUCUAUGGCUGAUCCAGGAGGCAGUCGUGGUGCAGGGAACAAAAAGCCUUCAGUGCGUGCAGAGUCUUGCUGCAUUCUAUAG